AAACUUUUAAAAUAUCACCAAAAAAAAAUCUAUUUUUAACAAGUACACCGAAAACUUCUUCAAAUGAAAAUAUUUUACUUAAACCUUAUCUGACAUCAACACCACGUCGAAAUAAACAUCAAUCAACAGAUAUCAUACCAUUGAAACGUCUUCUGUAUAAUAAUAAAGAUUCCAAUCGACAACGACAUUCAACUAAACGUUCCAUUGUUCCACGUCGUAGUUCUUUAAUUCCAAUUGAUGAAAAUUAUCCACAAUGGAUCUAA